CUCUCGGCCUCGCGCUCGCCUGCGCAGGCGCAAGCGCGCAAGAUGGCGGCGGCUGGAGCGGGCCGUCUGAGGCGGGCGGCGUCGGCCCUGUUGCUGCGGAGCCCACGCCUGCCAGCCCGGGAGCUGUCAGCUCCGGCCCGGCUCUAUCACAAGAAGGUUGUUGAUCAUUAUGAAAAUCCUAGAAAUGUAGGGUCCCUUGACAAGACGUCUAAAAAUGUUGGAACUGGAUUGGUGGGGGCUCCAGCAUGUGGCGAUGUGAUGAAACUACAGAUUCAAGUGGACGAAAAGGGGAAGAUCGUGGACGCCCGGUUUAAAACGUUUGGCUGUGGUUCUGCCAUUGCCUCCAGCUCGUUAGCCACCGAGUGGGUCAAAGGGAAGACGGUGGAGGAAGCCUUGACCAUCAAAAACACGGACAUCGCCAAGGAACUCUGCCUUCCUCCUGUGAAACUGCACUGCUCCAUGCUGGCUGAAGAUGCAAUCAAGGCUGCCCUGGCUGAUUACAAGCUGAAACAAGAACCCAAGAAAGGCGAGGCGGAGAAGAAAUGAGCCCUCGGCGCAGCCUCCAACGAGUCGUGUCGGCUGUCUGCGCAGCCCGGGCAGCCUCCGUGUCUGUUCAGAAGGCCCCGCACUACAGCAGACAGCUGUGAGAUGCGCACAGCAUUUGCGUUCGCGUUGUGGCUCUGACGCAAGCGAAAUACACAGUUUAACUGUUCCGGAUCCUGUGGUUUCUUUCAACCCACUCUUACAGCCUUAACCCAGUGUAUGUAUAUUUUGAAUUGUGUAUAUGGCCUCCAAACUGGAAUCAAUGAAGUCUCAAGUUUUGCUAGUCCAUGAAGUGCACAGAUACCUAUUUUACCUGAAUCUAUUUUGGGAAGAUUAUCAAGAGAAUGCCUUGGUAUGAUUACUUGAUAGAGUAAUAGAGUAUUGUACAUAAGACAGAUCUGCAUAUAUACAGUAAAUAAAAGCAUACAAGACAAUG